GCAGCCAUCAUUGUUUCGAUUAGUGCGCUACUUACGGAAGUUCCAAACAGGGCAGUUUCCGGCUCCAAGAUGGUCGCUUAAAUAGUCAAGGUUUCGCCACCUGUCUCCAUCGCUUUACAUUUUUUUUUUUUUCAAACCUGGAUGUGACGCAGUAAAGGAGCCGACGGAAAUAGAAUUGAAGGCGUUCUGAAAUGGCGAACCGUACAGUAAAGGAUGCACACAGCAUCCAUGGGACCAAUCCGCAGUAUCUAGUGGAGAAGAUCAUUCGGACGCGAAUCUAUGAGUCCAAGUACUGGAAAGAAGAGUGCUUCGGACUCACCGCGGAACUUGUAGUCGACAAAGCCAUGGAGUUGAGGUUUGUGGGUGGUGUCUAUGGUGGAAACAUAAAACCAACACCCUUUCUGUGUUUAACCUUGAAGAUGCUACAGAUUCAACCAGAGAAGGAUAUCAUUGUUGAGUUCAUUAAAAAUGAAGAUUUCAAGUAUGUCCGCAUGUUGGGGGCACUUUACAUGAGGCUGACAGGCACUGCAAUUGAUUGCUACAAGUACUUGGAGCCUUUGUACAAUGACUAUCGAAAAAUCAAGAGCCAGAAUCGAAAUGGGGAGUUUGAACUGAUGCAUGUAGAUGAGUUCAUUGAUGAGCUACUGCAUAGUGAAAGAGUCUGUGAUAUCAUUCUGCCCCGGCUACAGAAACGCUAUGUGCUAGAGGAAGCUGAGCAGCUGGAGCCUCGAGUUAGUGCUCUAGAAGAGGACAUGGAUGAUGUGGAGUCCAGUGAAGAGGAAGAAGAGGAAGACGAGAAGUUGGAAAGGGUACCAUCACCUGAUCACCGCCGGAGAAGCUACCGAGACUUGGACAAGCCACGGCGCUCUCCCACACUGCGCUACAGGAGGAGCCGGAGUCGGUCUCCCAGAAGGCGGAGUCGAUCACCCAAGAGAAGAAGCCCCUCACCUCGCAGAGAAAGACAUCGUAGCAAGAGUCCAAGACGCCAUCGGAGUAGGUCUAGAGAUCGAAGGCACAGAUCCCGCUCCAAAUCACCAGGUCAUCACCGUAGUCACAGACAUAGGAGCCACUCCAAGUCUCCUGAAAGGUCUAAGAAAAGCCACAAGAAGAGCCGGAGAGGGAAUGAGUAAAGGAUUGAAUUGGAUUUUAGUCCAAUGGCCUUCUGGGAUAUGAGGGCAUCUGUUUAGGUAGAAAGGUUAAGAUGAUCUGCUCUCCAGGCAGCUGUAAGAAUAUUUUAGUUUUUCUUACCAAGUUUCUACACUUUUUUUUUUUUUUAAAUGAAAGAGGUGCUGAAUUUUGUAUCUCUUUUUCAAUUGUAAUCAACAUCUUUGAGGGAUGAUGUUUCCUUAGGUCAGUUCUUGACCAAACCAACUGACUGUAUUCAAAGUUAUGAGGGUAGAAAAUAUCUGGGGAUUGAGUGAUAUGAAUGAGAAGGAAAGAAUGUGGACAUCUUGUGAUGCUUUCCCUUUUUGUUAUUAAACUUGACAUACACAUCUGCCACUUUUCUAAAGUUUGGUUUUUGGUUUGCAGUAUAAUUAGAACUGCUCUGAGAAUCUUGGGAUUUGUGUUGUUAUUCAAAGGUGAAAUUAUAAAACAGUAAUUCCUAACUUUUUUCUUCUAGCAGAAGUAGUAAUAAACAAGAAAACUGAUUGGUUAGCAGCAAUUUUUGAAGAACACAAUACAUUUAGGCAAAGACUUGGAUAUUUAUAGUCUCAUUGUACAGCUCAACAGAUAAUAACAACACUUAACAUUCAUUACUUUUUUUGUUUUUUUUUUUAAUUAUUAUUUUUGGUAUGAGGGAUUCUUUUUUUUUAAUUCGCUUACUCGUAUGUGGAUACAUUAUUUGGGCCGUUUCUCCCCUCAUCCUCUCCCUCUCCCGCCCUGGUAUGAGGGAUUGAACUCGGGGCCUUGAGCAUGCUAGGCAAGUAUUCUACCAUCUGUAUAGUGCCAUUUGUUCUUCCUCACAGGCCUUGAAUUCCAGGUUCAGACAGCCUUUAUCCAAUAAAUAUUGGUAUUACUCAAGACUGGUUAACAGAAAUAGUACAAUGGGACUGAAAAAUAUUUAAUGGAAAGGAAAGUAUCUAAUACUAUUCUUGGCUUUUGACCUAGUUGCUAGAAAGUAGUGCUGUAAAAUACAUCAGGAGCUGGGGACAUGGAUCAAGUAGUAGGACACCUGCCUAGCAACGAAUCCUUGAGUUCAAUCCCCACUGCCACCAAAAAAUAAUAUAAACUACAUAAAUAAAAUACAUCAGGAAGGGACAGCUUUUAGAAGAGAAUGAGGGUUGAGGUGGUAAUGAAGGUGAUGUAUUCGGCUUAAGCUUAAUUUGAAGUAAUAUGUUACCCAAACAGUCAGAAAUAGGGCCUACAUUCAGUGUAAGGAUUUAGGCCAGAUUAACAAAAUUGCCUAAGGAGUGUAUAUAGAUAGAAAAGUAAACACCAUAGGCAACACACUGGUGACAAAAAAUAUUAAGUCACCUAUUUAAUAUUGGAACAAGCCAUUCCAAAAGUACAAGAAUUGGGAGACAAGAGUAGAUUAAAGACACCAAGAGCCUAAGGACACAGAAGUAAAGUAAGGACUCCCAUGAGUACCGAUAUUCCAGAGUAUUAGGGUCUUUACUAGCAAAGUUGUUUUUACUUGUAAUUACCUUAAAAAUUUUUAAAAAGGAAAAAUGAGCCAGGCACCAGUGGCUCAUGCCUAUAAUCGAGCUACUCAGAAAGCAGAGAUUUGG